AAUAGAUUUCCCCGAUCCGAACCAACCCUCUCAUUCUCCACUCCUCGGUCCCCGAUACGCCGCCAUCUCUCGCCGCCGGUGCCGUCCAACGCCGGCCGCAUCCGCCCUCCUCCCCAUCCCGCGGGUGGGGACCCGUGCUGCACCCCGCCGUGGUCGCCCUCGAGGACUGCAUCAUCGCCAGGGACCACGACAUCCAGCGCCUCCUCGUCGACAACCAGCAUUUUCCCAUCGAGAAUCGCCGACCAGACCGCGUGCAUGAAGGUCGAGGUGCACACCGUCGCCGGCGAGCGUGGAGGUCGAGCAGAUCCUCGCCGACGUGCGGGUGCUGGCUGGCGCGCGCACCACAUCGUCACCGAGCCUCGCUGGUGGAGGCGCACGGUGUUGUCCACAUGGAUCCGCGAAUCAGCCCACGAGCACCGUCCGUUUCCAUCGACGAUGAAGGGCAUGCAUCAUCUGGUUUAUACUUCUAAAAUGAACUUGAGUGACGAGGUUGAUUUGGAAGAAUAUGUCUCCAGAUUGGAUACAAUCAGUGUUGCUGAUAAAUCAAGAGUAUGCGAAGAAAUGUUGAGCAAGAGGAAGCUUAUGUUGGAGCUACAAUGUUGUUAAGUUCUGUAAGUUAGCUUGCUGGGAUCGUGUGAGUUGGCACUGGAUUGUGAAUGUGAUUGUUGGGAUAGUACAGUUCUGUAAGUGCUUGAUUGUUAUAUAGGUGCUGGAAUUGUAUGCAUUGGAUUGUGAUUAAAGUUUAUUGUU